AUGAAGAAAAAACUCUUCUUGGGCUAUUUAAUAGCGGGCUCUAUUAUACAUCAGUCUAUCGUAACUCAGGCUGCGAUCAUUGGUGGAGACAACAGCAACAGUAAUAAAAGAUAUUAUGAAUUCAAUGUUACAUCCGAGUUUAUCAACCCAGACUGUCAUCAUGAGGGCUUUUCUGUUCCUGUCAUCAAUGGUCAGUUUCCAGGCCCUACCAUUUAUGCUACUAAAGAUGACGAAAUAGAGAUCCUUGUUCGCAAUAUGUUAACCGAUCGCCACACCAGCGUCCAUUUCCACGGAAUCAGAAUGAUAGGCACUCCCGAAGCCGAUGGUGUCCCAAAUGUCACACAAGAACCUAUUUUACCUGGUGAAUCCCAUUUGCAUAAAUUCAGACUAUUCGAUCAAUCAGGAACCUUUUUCUACCAUGCUCACGUGGGGUUGCAAGAUGAUUCUGUCAAAGGUGCUUUUAUAGUGUACGAAUCCAACGAAGCUAACCCGAGCUACAACGAUGACGAGUUAACCUACGGUCAGGAGCCAAUAGCAAGACCCCAUCAGCAUCAAAAAAGGCUACACGCUGGCCCUUAUAGUUACGAUGAAGAUAGGAUAUUACAAAUAAGCGAAUGGUGGCAUGAGUCUUUAAAUAGUCGUGAAAAUUAUUACAUGGGCCCACAGUUUCAAUUCGAUCAUGGAGCUGAUAGUAUCUUAAUGAAUGGCCGAACCGUCUUCCAACCUGAAAAAAUCCUACAACUGCCGAGCGUCACUGAUUUGCCAGCUCGUAUAACUGAAAUAGCCGAUCGCGUGCGUUCAGACUCUUGUGAAGGUUAUGCUACAUUUGAUGUAGAGCCCAAUAAAACAUAUCGCUUACGUGUCAUUGGUUCCAACAGCUUUAGAACAAUCGCUUUCGGGAUUAAAGACCACAAUAUGACGCUCAUUGAAGUCGAUGGUGAAUUAACGGAACCUUUUGAGACCUCUUACUUGGAAGUCUCACCAGGUCAGAGGUAUUCUGUCCUAUUGAAUACCGGUGAUUUUGAGCCAGGAACUACAUUUGCUAUUGGCACCCACUACAUGUGGCGUCAACGGGGCCGUGGUCCAACAGAAAAUGGAUUUGGCUUUAUUCGUUAUGUUAGUAGUUCCAACAAAGAUGACACUACAAACAAUGACGACAAUGACGAAUGCGAUGACAGAUUAACCAAGCGGCAGCAUACCUUAGAAACCCAUCGUGAUUAUGCCUCUGAAAAGGAACAGGCUUGCUUUGAAGGUAGAGGCAAUGCUGACUGCGUUGAUCAUAGCAGGGAGAAUGAAGAAAACAGACAACAAGAGCAACCCAGCCCGCGAGGAAAGGAUACCAAUAACAAUAUACAGGAACGCGAAAGUGAUACAUUUGGCAGUGCUGAAGCACAAGGCGAUAACAGAAACGGUAGAGCGGGAGGGGAAGGUGAUGCAGGACGAGUUGAUGCAGUUCGCGGCAGCAAUGGUUCUUCUGGGGGCCCUCCUGGUGGGCGAAAGAAGUCCUUUAUUGAUGUACCUACCUUCCCUCAAGAAGAUCGACCCGACUGGUUCUAUCAUGAAAUCCAACCUCUUGCUUUCCGUGACCCUAUCAUUGAUAUCCGUGAUGAUGUUCGUACUAUAAAGCUUGCAACGUCUUAUGGAAAACAAAGUGAUAACACCACUCGUUACUUUGUUAAUGGUCGUAUCGGUCAUCCUAUGUCUUUCACUGCCAUGAAGGAAUACUUAUCACAAAUAGACCGUAGCAUUAUUCAACGACCAGACAGUAACAGAGCUUCAGUCAUUGUUAAUGAAGACAUUGAUUAUAAUGAAGUAUUAGGCACUUAUCGGGUUGCAAAUAACGAAGUUGUUGAUCUGGUGUUUCAAAAUACCGUUAGCAACGUUGGUAGCUGUUUACUACAUCCUUGGCAUACCCAUGGUCAUUCUCAUUAUGUGAUCGCCUCAGGAGAAGGUGAUUACAUUCACGACAGAGACAAACAUAUACGUAAUUUUAGACAUCCAUUGUAUAGAGAUACUACUGUUGUGUAUCCUUCAAAACCAGAAAAUGGGACCAAGGGCUGUGGUUGGACUAAAGUCAGAAUUUUAGCUAAUAAUCCCGGCUUUUGGGCUGUCCAUUGUCAUAUAACAACUCACAUGCUUCAAGGAAAGAUGAUUAUUUUAGAGACUCCACCUAUACCAUAUUAUCAAUGA